CCUAUAUGGAUGACACUACUUGGCAUUGUGAAGACUCAACUACAAUGCAAAACAUUCUUAAUGAUACAUUUAUUCUUUACAAACUUAAUAACAUUGAGAUAAACCCUACCAAAUCUGACCUUCUUUACAUUAAAUCCAAAUCAUCUACCUCAUCUUCAUUUAUAUUUACUGUUAAUAAUCAAACUAUUUCUCCUAGGAAGGCCCAAGAUGUCAUCCAAUAUUUAGGCAUAUUCUAUGAUGGAAGGUUUGAGGUUAUUGGAGGUGAGAUAGAAGUGAUCAUAGUGAAUCUGAAUAAGUGA